GAGAAGAACCUGCUGCAUGGUAAUGAUGUUGCCGGCGGGUCGUGUAUUCCUUCGUGUGGGUUUCGGAUCCUUGGCGAUGCUGGAAGCUGUCUUCGGGAGCGGGCUGGGUCCGGCCAGUUCUAGUACGUCUUUCCCAGCAGUUUUUUCCGAAGGAAAUGGAAAACGGCCACAAAGCACUGCAGUACAGCAGCACAGCCCGCCGCUCCAGUCCGGUCCUGGAAGUCUUGACUUCACUGCGCGCCAGUUUACUGUGCACCGGGGCGGGAACGACGCGGAUGAUGACGACGACGACGACACAGAUGCCAUGGAAAAGGACAUGAUUUCGGUACCGCAGCACCUCGAUACUAUGCACUGA